AUGACUAGGCUUUUAAUUCUGGGAGCGACGGGAGAGAUGGGGAUCAUCUUGACCCGCAAAGCUCUGGAAGCCGGACACAUUGUUACAGUCUACGUCAGGAACCCAGCCAAAUUACCAGAGGACAUAGCAUCCCACGAGUCGAUCAUUGUAGUUAAAGGAGAACUAACAGACGAAGAUUCUCUACGUCACGCGAUCCGACACACCCAUGCCAUUCUGUCCAACCUCGGGCCUGGCACUACGCCCUCGCACUUUCCAGGCGCACACCCUUCAAAUCUACCACUCUCCAAAGCCUACUCGCUCAUCCUGCGAAUCAUGAAAGAACCAGAGGUAGAGUGCAAGCGGAUCAUAUUACUGGGCACAGUCUCGAUUCCGGACCCGAACGAUAAACGGGACUUGGCAAUAUGGACCCUUGUCCAGGGCAUCAAGCUGACCGCGUACGACGCCUAUGCGGACGAAGUGGCGAUCGGAGAAACCGUGCGAAGAGAGGGGGACGGAAUCGAAUGGACCAUCGUGCGAGUUCCGUUGUUGACCCGGUCCGAGAACGAGGCUGUGUCGCUGGGUAUGUCGGUGCUCCCAAGUUGGGCACUUUGUAAAGCCUGGAGAUCUGUCGCGCUCCCUAUCCUUUACCGAUCCAUCCGUCUAGCCUGUGCUACCAAUGACCCUAGUUGGUCUCAGUUUACGUGUUUUCCGGUCAUGACGAUCAAAUAUUACCUGGAAGAAUUCACAGAACAAGUUCUCGAUGAAACAGAUAGCGCAUCUCGAAUUCCAAGUUAUGCGCACCGUCUGAGGAUUGACAUGGAGCUGAAACAAGAGGACGUAGAAGUAUUCAUAACUGCGAUAUCCAAAAUGAAGAAUCUCGACCAUGUUGCUUGGACCGUCUCGGGUAUGAAUGAGGUCUACUGGUACCGUACUUUAGAGCGGCUGUCCUAG